UUCUUCGUCGCAUUACAUUACUCGAAUAUCAAACCAGAGAAACUCGGGAACCUGCAUACACGAAACGACACCGUUUACUUCAAACCAAGAGAGAGAAAAUAUUCCCUCUCUACAAUACCUCCUUAUUUUCCUUCGUUUAUCUCUCUUCACCAUUCAUUCACACAAAUUCCUCUCUCUACAAUCCAUUCUUCACCACUCUUUCUUCUUGAUUCCUUCAAGCUACAAUCUGUUUUUCGCUGGUGAUUUUCAUGUGGUAGGGAAUUCUGAACUACUACGAUAUUAAACUUUUAAAUCUAACAAACAGAUGGAUAAGAAACAGCAUUUUGCAAUUUUCACAACUGCUAGCCUUCCAUGGUUGACCGGAACCGCGGUGAACCCUCUCUUUCGUGCGGCGUUUCUUUACAAAGCCGGGGAAAGGAAUGUCACCUUGUUGAUCCCUUGGUUAUCUUUGAAAGAUCAGAAAGUUGUAUAUCCGAACAAUAUGACGUUCGAGUCUCCAGAAGAGCAGGAGAAAUAUAUACGCCAAUGGCUCGAGGACAGACUUGGAUUCACAUCUGGUUUCAGCAUAAAGUUUUAUCCCGGAAAGUUUUCUAGAGAUAAAAGGAGCAUUCUUGCUGUUGGUGAUAUUUCAGAAAUGAUCCCUGAUGAAGAAGCAGAUAUUGCUGUUCUAGAGGAGCCAGAGCAUCUGACUUGGUAUCACCAUGGGAAAAGAUGGAAAACUAAAUUCAGGCUAGUUAUAGGAAUUAUUCACACAAAUUAUUUAGAAUAUGUGAAGAGAGAGAAGAAUGGAAACCUGCAAGCGUUUUUACUGAAAUAUUUGAACAACUGGGUUGUUGGUAUAUACUGUCACAAGGUAAUCAGACUAUCUGCUGCUACUCAGGAUUACCCUGGGUCCAUCGUCUGUAACGUUCAUGGAGUUAAUCCAAAGUUCCUUGAGAUUGGCAAGAAAAAAAGAGAUCAACAACAAAACGAAGAUAAUAAUGCCUUUACCAAAGGUGCCUAUUUUAUUGGGAAGAUGGUAUGGAGCAAAGGCUACAAGGAGCUGCUCCAACUUCUUAAUAAGCAUCAAAAGGAAUUAUCUGCUCUUGAGCUUGAUUUGUUUGGAAGUGGAGAGGACUCUGAUGAAGUUCAAAAAGCUGCUAAAAAGCUUGAAAUGACCGUUAGAGUUCAUCCUGGCCGUGAUCAUGCUGAUGAACUAUUUCAUGAUUUCAGAUUGUUUCUUAAUCCGAGCACAACAGACGUGGUUUGCACGACUACAGCAGAAGCUUUGGCAAUGGGAAAAAUUGUUGUGUGCGCAGACCAUUGCUCAAAUGAAUUUUUCAAGCAGUUCCCGAAUUGUUGGACGUAUAAUAACCCCGAGGAAUUUGUUCAACUCACACUUAAGGCAUUGGCUGAAAAGCCUGACCAGCCUACUGAUGAUCAGAGGCACGACCUUUCAUGGGAGGCUGCCACAGAACGGUUUCUUAAGGCCGCUGACCUUGACAAGCCGUCCGAGAGAAAAUUAUUGUCAAGAAGUACCUCAAACUAUCUCUCCACUUCAUUAAGUUUGCAACAAACAGUUGAGGAUGCAUCAGCAUAUGUACAUCAUGUAGCUUCUGGGUUUGAAAUAUCGCGAAGAAUAUUUGGUGCCAUUCCAGAUAGCUUGCAACCAGAUGAACAGCUACGCAAGGAACUCGGAUAUUCUAAAUCUUUUAAGAAAUAAGAUUGAGAGUUGUUUAAUUCCUAAAAUUGACUGAUUGAGAGUUAUUUGCUCAUUUCAAUGCUCUCUUUCUAAUCAGGGUAGGAAAUUAAAAGGGUUGUUGCCUUAUAUAAAUAUAAACAUAAGGCAUCUCUGUUUAGUAUCAACCAAAGCUUCUAUUACUGUAAAUGUUGGAAAAUUUGACUAUUACAAUUUACACCAAUGAGUUGAUAUAAUUGGUGUAAUUCAUAUUGUUUGUGUUGCGGUAAUAAGCUCAUGUUCAACCCUUUUAGAUGAAAUAAGAACUAUGCAUAACAAAACAAAUGAAAAACUUAGUUACUGCAUGCUUGGA